AUGUUGCACCAUGCGCAUGAAGAUUUUCAAGGUGGACAUCAAGAGAUCACCCGGACUCAUGAGAAGCUACGUACCGAACUCUACGGACCCGGCAUGUACGCAGACGUCCAACAUUUUGUGAAAGAAUGCGUGGACUGUGCCAGUGGAAAAGAAGCUCCCCCGAAUGCAGGACCUUCGCCAGGAAAAAUCGAACCACGGUAUCCUUUUGAGGCAGUCUCUAUGAACUUCGUGACACACAUGCCUGAGUCAGCCAAAGGGAACACGUUCCUCCUGACGUUUUCAGGUUACGUGAUGUGUAAACCCAUACCAGCUACUACCGCUCAAGAUGUCGCUGAGGCUUAUGAGGAGCAAGUGUUCCAGAGAUUUGGGGCGUGUUCCAUGAUACGGCACGAUCAGGACCCGCGUUUCAUGAGUGAAGUGUUCAUAAGGUUCCGAGAACUCUUAGGUAGCCGACAACGUGCUACACUCGGAUACCGUCCACAAGCGAAUGGACAACAGGAGAGAUCUUUACAAACGGUCAUUCGGAGUGUUCGGGCAUAUGUCGCCGAGAUAGAUCAGUCCGACUGGGAUGAUCAUGCGGAGCGACUGAUGUUCGCCCUGAAUGUCUCAUUCGACAUUGGAUACCCCUUCUAUUUGGUUCACGGUUGGGACGCCCGAAACACAGUUUCGGCAAUGUUAGGACCAAAACCUUCGAGCGUUCCUGAGCGUAGCGCAUAUGAAUGGCGACGGAAACAGCAGCGUGAAUAUAGCUACCCACUUGCUCGCGCUGAAGACCUACAGAAGGAGGCUCAGAAGAUGAGCUCGAACGAACAAACUCGAAAGUGGUUGGAACUAUCAGAGAGGGUCAAAGCUGGUUUGGAGAAGGGCGACUCUGUUUGGCUGUACGUCCCGAAAGUUCAGACUGGAUUGAGCUGGAAGCUAGCACACAUGAUCGAUGAAAUUCGGGAUGACUUCCGUGUGAGACUGAAGAUUAGCCGACUCAAGCCGAGAGUUGUUUUCCCAAAGAGACCAACAGUUGAGGUUGACGUCGCAGAUGAUGAUGAUUUCGAUGCUGUACUAUUGCCUGAGGACGGUUGGGAGCCGGAUAGCUCGAAUGAUGUGUUUGAAGUGGAAUCAAUUGAGGAUGUACGAUGGGUGAAACGCACCCGAACUGCGAGGCGAUCUCGAGAAUACCUCGUCAAAUGGAAGGGGUAUGAUGGCCCAGAGUGGAUUCCGGUGACAUAG